AUGAGCAUGCUCGAGAACAUUGCCUACAUAGUCAUUGUCACUGUGGCUUCCCUAUUUACCGUACUAUGCUUAUUAGUUGUUGCAAGAUCCAAUGUGUUUCAUACAAAUCUUCAAGCUUCAAUAUGGUGGACUGCGAGCUUCUACUUCGAACUCACAGUCAGCAAAAUGCUCACCAUCGUUUAUCAAUCCAACUAUCUCACGGAUCGCGAUGAACCGUCGGGAGGAAUGGUCAUGUUGAUGUGGAUUGCUGCAACUCAUUAUCAUUUUAUCUUUGCUGUCAUGUCUGCUCCAAUUGUGGUCGUUGCAGAAAGGAGCCUAGCCACUAAAUUCGUUUUCGAUUACGAGAAGGAAAGGCGAAGAUACAUCCUAAUAUCCUUGUUCCUAUUUCAAAUUGGAUUUUCCACUUCUUUCACUCUUUUGACCAUUUUUAAUAUUGUUCGAUAUGUGUCAGCGGCUGUGAUAGCUGGCUUAAUUGCAAUCACUUCUCUCUUGAUUUUUCUUCACAUCAAUCGAGUUAACAAACGAACCUUGCGAUUCGUGGAAACCCAGAAUCGAGAUAUCAAAUUUGAUUUAAGCGUCCGCUACCAGCUGCGAGAGAAUGUCAAAACAUUUAAGAUGCUAACAACCCUACUUCUUUUGCUAACUUUUAUGAUUGUAUUUUUGGCUUUUCUGAAAACGAUACCAAUGAUUAUGGACAUUCAAGAGGACACCAAGUACAUUUUCAAAAUGAGUACAGAUAUGAUAUUACAUGCGGGACCAAUAUACGUAACGCCCACAAUGAUUUGGGCAGUUGAUGACUAUAAAAUUGUAUUUUAUCGGAUUUUGGGAUUGGAUAAAAAAAAAGUGGCCCCUCUGAUUCUAAGCUCUGAAAAGAAAGAAGAAGACGUAUACUUCGAGCAAUUUGUGCAGUCGUUGAAGCAAAAAAUGUUCAAAUUUCUACUUGGAUUCAAUGUCACUGGAUUUUAUGAACGAGAGAUGACUGCUGAGUACACUUUAGAGUAUAUGAUUUUGUAUACGAUAACAAUGAUUUUGGCACUUUUUGUGACAAGUUUUGGAAUUCGAAUUUCGUUAUCGAUAAGUUUUUCAUAA